AUGAUUGAGCAUCUUUUCAUGUGCUUCUUUGCCAUCUUCCUUUUUGGCAGUGACGACCUGCCCACAAGAACAUGCCCCUUGGUGAAGGACCUCCUAUACCCAUACCUGGAAGAGAAGAGGAAGCACACGAAGAAGCACCUGGUGCAGAGCCCCAGUUCCUGCAUGAUGGACAUGAAGUGCCCAAGUUGUUACAAAAUUACCACCAUCUUUAGCCACGCACAAAAGGUGGUUUUGUGUGGAGGCUGCUCCACUGUCCUAUGCCAGCCAACAAGAGGAAAAGGAAGACUUACAGAAGGAUGCUCCUUCAGACAGAAGCAGCACUAA